AUGCAUCCGGAUCCCGGACGCUUACAGGCACUACUGCUCUUCUUCGCUGCCGCGAGUCUCAUCUCUGCCACGAGUUCAGAUUUAACUCCCCGUUUUAUUUCUGAGCCCUUGUCUACUGUCCAGAAGUCUGGUGGGCCCGUACAUCUCCGCUGCUCUGCCGAGCCUUCCACGGCUCGCCUUUCUUGGCUGUUUAAUGGGGAGCCUCUGGACAGCAAGGUGGGAGAAGUGGAAAUCCAGUCAGGAUCUUUGACAAUCGUCUCCCUUGGCCUCUCGAUGUCUGGUCGCUAUCAGUGCGUUGCUAACAGUAGCGUGGGCGCCGUUGUGAGCAGGCCUGCAACAGUAUCGACGGGCAGUUUAGCUAAUUUUGAUAUGUCGGUGAAACCUGUUGUUGCAGCAGAGGAAGGAGGUACGGCUUUCAUCGGAUGUAAGGUGCCAGAAAGUAACCCUAAAGCACAGGUUCGCUUUCAAGUGCGUGGAAAAUGGCUGGAACAAUCAACAGACAACUACCUAAUUCUUCCAUCUGGAAACCUGCAGAUUUUGAAUGUAUCUUUAGAAGACAAAGGAUCCUAUAAAUGUGCAGCCUACAACCCAGUUACUCACGAGCUCAAAACAGAACUCACUGGACGUAAGCUUGUAGUCACACGCUCUUCCUCAGGUGGCUUCCGCAUCCUUCACCCCCUGGGAGCCCAGAGCCUGGCAGUGCCCCAGCACAGCUCUCUGACUCUGGAAUGUGUUGUCAGUGGGUUGCCUCCAACCUCCGUCCGCUGGGUUAAAGACGGCCGGGAUGCGCUGAGAAAAGGCAGGUGGAAACUGCUGCACUCCCAUCUGGUGACGGACAGGCUUGAGGCAUCGGACUCUGGGAAUUACUCCUGUGUGGUGGGAAAUGAAUUUGGAGAAGUGAAAUACGUUAACUAUUCGCUUACUGUACUUGAACCUGCCUCCAUCUCGAAGGGACUGCAAGAUGAAACCGUGGCCGCUGGAGCGACUGUGCAUUUUUGGUGCGAUGUUCGUGGAAGCCCUGCACCGACCCUCACCUGGCUCCACAACGCAGCUCCCCUCCGUCUCUCUCCACGACAUUUGCUGACGGGAAACCGUCUGCGGAUCCGCGGCGUCACCCAAGAGGACUCUGGCUUGUACCAGUGUGUAGCGAACAAUGGGGUUGGAUUUGUGCAGUCCACUGGGAGACUUCGUGUCCACCUGGGCAAAGGCUCUAGGCCAGUUAUAGUCUCUUCACCAGCAAGCAUCACUGUGAUAGAUGGUGGGGACGUUACGCUGUCUUGCAAUGCCACCGGCCUACCUGUUCCCGUGAUCCGUUGGUACAACAGCAGAGGACUUAUGACCAACCACCCUUCCCACGUGCUUCAUUCAAAACCUCCAGCGCUGCCAGGCAGCGCUGUCACAGAGCCCACCUACUUCUUCGUGUCUCAAGCGGGCUCGAGCUUCUUACACAUCAGGAACGUGACUCCCGAGCACGCCGGGGAGUACAUGUGCGAAGCCAUCAACGAGCACGGCUCCGUGGUGUCAAAAGCCUUCCUUACAGUUG